CAAAUACUCUUGGUUCAUGCUUUUCUUCGACGACCCCCUCCCCCUCUCUUCAUCCCUCUCUCUAGAUUUAGAUCAUCCAUAAAGCUUUCCCUGUCCAAAUCCACCGAAACCCACGUCGAUUCUCCGCAAAUCUCCAUUACCCAAAUCUAGUAAUCUCAAAAAUCUCUUCUUUAUAUGCUUAUAAAGAUCAAAAAGUGCUCAGGUUCUCUCUUGUUCUUGUGUGGACACCCCGUAAAAUGUCUGCAGUGUUUUAUUGUUGCCAUUCUUGAGCUAUUUCUGCUUCUUGUGAUGCUAUUUCUGGGUCUAAUGCAGAUAAAUACAGAAACAUGGACGUGAAUCUCUUGUGUUUUUCGUUGUUGAUAAGAGCAUGCAGAUGUGUGGAUUAAUAUACAUGGGUGGAGGGAGCUAAAGUGAGGCGAGAAGGGGGGAUUUCUGAGACAAAGAGAUGGCGAAUCAGGUGGUGAAAGUGAAGAGGGAGACGAUUGCAGCAUGCAUGACAUGUCCUCUUUGCAAUAAGUUACUGAGAGAUGCCACUACCAUAUCUGAAUGUCUUCAUACGUUCUGCAGAAAAUGUAUAUAUCAGAGGAUAUCAGACGAGGGAGUAGAUUGCUGUCCCAUAUGCAAUAUUGAUCUUGGGUGUGUUCCAUUGGAAAAAUUAAGGCCAGACCACAGUUUGCAAGAUGUAAGGGCCAAGAUUUUCCCAUUCAAAAGAAGAAAGGUGGAGGCACCUGAAGUCACACCCUCAGCUAUAUUACCAGUUAGAAGGAAGGAAAGAUCACUUUCAUCACUGGUGGUCAGUACUCCCAAAGUAUCAACACAGACUACAACCACUGGAAGAAGAACAAAACCUGUUCCAAGAAAGGCUACCGCUUUACGAGGUUCCCGCUUUCCUAUUGAAAAACGCAUUAAAAAGGAGGAAGAUGCUGUGGAAGGCCAUCUGGAGAACUCAAGUUCUCCUGAAACCAUUAAUAAGUUCAAUCAGAAUGUAAGGCAGAAUUCUUCCUCUGCCGAGGCUAGCCAACCUGCUCCUGAUAAUGAAACAUAUAAUGGUGCUGAAUCAUGGGAUGGGAAAUCAGAUCUCUGGCAACCAUUGAAUUGUUUGGUGGAAGUUGCAAAUAGGACCAAGUCUUUCAAAUCUACUUCACAAGUUUCUGAUGCUAAAUUUGAAUCUACUAAUGAUCCAGAUAAUGAAACUCGCAUGCGUAAAACCAAAUUGAAGGAGAACAAAGACAAAUCGAAACUAGAGGAUGAGAAGAAUAACACUGAUACGUUGCCUUCAGAGUCAACAGGACCCAAAAGAUUGCGCAGGAAUCGCCGAAAAAAGGCUUCUAAUUUUGGAUAUCCGGGCAUAUCAUCCCAAGCUGUGCUGGAUGCUGCCAGUGAAAAGCAUGAAAAAAGAGCCGGUCCAGUUUGGUUUUCACUAGUAGCUUCUGAGGACCAGGAGGGAAAUUCACCCUUGCCACAAAUUCCUGCAAAUUACUUGAGGAUAAAGGAUGGAAAUUUACCUGUUUCUUUUAUCCAGAAGUACCUGAUGAAGAAAUUUGACCUUGUUAGUGAAGCCGAGGUUGAAAUCAAAUUUAUGGGACAAACAGUGGUCCCCACAUUAUUGUUGUACAAUUUAGUUGAUCUCUGGAUACAGACAGCAGCAACAUCAGAACGAGUAUCGGCAUCCAUCGGUUCCUCAGCCAAGGAUUUUGUGAUGGUGCUAGCCUAUGCACGAAAGGUCCCAGACCCUAAAUAAUGCUUGUUUUCCAUAGUAAAAGUGUUCACAAACUACGUUGUAUCUCCGUUGUUCUGCUUCAAGAGUAUCACACGGGAAAAUUCUUAUUGUAGUACUGUAUAAUUUUUCCAAUGGUAUUUAUCAUAAUUUUAAUUUAUUUA